CCUAAUCCGUCUUCCCUCUUUCAACUGCAUUCAACGAUUUCGAUACUAUUCCUCUUUCCUAGAUGUCUUCCCGCUUUGGUGCCCUUCGCCAUUCCGCCUUAUUAGCUCCCUCCCGUGUGGCCUGCUCUCUUAAUCAACCCGCAAGAUCAUCCCGACCCCACCACCUCCGACAAGAGUACCACCACCGCCCCUAUUCCUCCUCUUCUUCUAACUCCUCUCAAUACAACCGCUCUCAAUUUCGAAUCUUCCCCUUCUUAGCAAUUAUCGGUAUCGGUACCGGAUCCUACAUAUUCCUCGUAAAAUCCCGUACCGGCGUUCUGAAACCGAAAUCCGACUCUCAAUCUUUUGAUUCUUAACUUCCAUUCCCUACGGGUCUAUUCACUCUCUGACCAAGCGAGCAUGGCCAACACCGAACAUCCUACCCCUCGUUUCUCACCCUCCGAAGUCACGGUCGUUUUCCUUCUCGGUGGUCCCGGAAGUGGCAAGGGCACUCAAUCCGCCAACCUCGUACGCGACUACGGGUUUGUCCAUCUAUCCGCGGGUGAUCUGCUGCGCGCCGAGCAGAUCCGCGAAGGCAGCCAGUAUGGCGAACUGAUCAAGACUUAUAUCCGGGAGGGCAAGAUUGUUCCGAUGGAGAUCACUGUGGCGCUAUUGUCGAAUGCGAUGGCGGAAGCGUUGAAGAACGGCGCCAGUGCCGGGGAGGGCAAGAAGGCACGGUUCCUGGUCGACGGGUUCCCACGGAAGUUGGAUCAGGCUGUUUUCUUCGAGGACACCGUUUGCCCGUCGGAGCUGACGUUGUUCUUGGAUUGUCCCGAGGAGGUUAUGGAGAAGCGCUUGUUGAAGCGUGGGGAGACCUCGGGUCGUGAUGACGAUAAUGCCGAGUCUAUUCGGAAGCGGUUCCGCACGUUUGUUGAGACUAGUAUGCCAGUUGUGAAGGCUUUUGAGGAACAAGAUAAGGUUGUCUCCGUGUCGGCUACGGGCACUGUUGAGGAGGUGUAUGCUCGUAUUCAGGAGGGCUUCAAGGCCCGUGGUGUUCAUCCGCAGUAGUCUGUUCCCAUCCAUAUUGUAUCGGUGUCAGCGAUCUUUGUAUCCUUUGUGGGUGUGAAUAGCGCUUUAUAGAUGGUGUGGUUUUCUUUCUUUUUCACUCUUCUUUACAUACCAUGUCUACAUAUCAAAGUUCCAUACAGCCAAUAUAGAUGAAGAUACAAUCCGAAUGA